GCCGAAGAGCAAUUCAAAAACAGCUGUCCAGCCUACGUCCCAGUUGAAAUAAGUGGAGCGCCGAGGCAGAGACCGGAGGCAAAGCAGUAACAAGAAGACAUAAGAGAAGCCACUGAACACGCACACAAACAGAAGCGCGAUGAGAGCGCUCUACCAGGGGAGGAUCAAGCUUUACUGGGAAGACAACAGUGUUCAUUGAAGUCCCGUGAACUGUGCUACACCUGUUGGAAGACUUAUGAUACCUGCAUGGACAACAUAAAACUGACAAUGUAACUCAACAUUCUCCUUGGGGACCUGCAAUCCAGAAAUUAUAGAGCAACUACUACUAUUAUCUGAGCCCCAACGUUGCAGCCAUGCCAGCAAAAGCACCCAUAUACCUGAAACCCACCAACAGUAAGAAAGGGAAAAAAUGUCGGCUGCGCGAUAUUUUGUCACCAGACAUGAUCAGUCCGCCACUUGGCGAUUUUCGGCACACCAUUCAUAUUGGCCGAGGUGGAGAGAGAGAUGCCUUUGGAGAUAUGUCCUUCCUCCAAGGGAAGUAUGAGCUCUUACCUGGGAAGGGAGAUUUCCAACCCCAGUAUGGAGUCCAAAGUGAGUUUCUGCGAGCAAACAGUACAGGCGAUGCCUCCUUUGCGGAGACCCCAUCUCCCGUUCUCAAGAAUGCCAUCUCCCUCCCGACCAUUGGUGGCUGUCAGGCACUUACCCUACCACUGAUCUCCUCUACUGUAUUCUCCAUGCCUCGAGAGCCGCUGGGAGACAUAAUGGGGCCCACAUCCCCAGUAAACCCUGACAGUAUUGAGGAUGUAGAGAUCCUGCAGAUGGAUGCUUUGUUGCACUCAAUGGACAACUUCAGUAGCAAGCCCUCACCUCCCUCUCGAGACAUCCACUCAAAGCCUGAUGUCAUUCUGGAUCUCCUGGAGAACAUGAAAAAGCCCAACUCUAAAGCACUUAUCAAGGAAAACAUAGCAAACAAAAAAGAGAGCAGGAUUGAGAAGAAAUCUACGUAUUACAUCAGUGGUCAUAGCAACAACAGCUACAAAGCUAAUGGAAGCCUUCACAGCAAUACAAGCAGUGACAGCUCUGAAAGUUAUGCAAAAGAGGACUACAAGACCAACAUUUACAAUGGCAGCAGUAGUCUCAAUGACAAAAGCAAUGGCUUAGGACAUUUUCACAACAACAUUAACCUGGAAUUCAAGCAGGAGGUCUCCAAGUGCAAUGGAGAGUGGGUAGACAGAGACAGUGGGGUGGAGGAGGGCCGCAUCAGUGAUUUUGACUUUGAGUUUUCCAAAGAGAAAAGCACAUCACAGGAGUCCCUCACCCGAAUUACAGGGUCACUGCUCUCCCUUGAACUUGAUCUGGGCCCAUCCAUCCUGGAUGAUGUCCUUAACAUAAUGGAUAAACCUGCAGUGAAAAGCAGGCCUUGAGUUGCACUGAGGGAGGCCCUCGGAGGAGAAAGGGAAUGAUCAAAUGAACAACCUCUAGCUAGGAGACAAAAGACUAUUUGGGCUCCGUUGGACAGAGCUGCCUAUGUUUUCAUUAUCAAAACAUAUAACUAUUCUGGCUUCUGUGGAGUGUUCUCUUUUUCUUGUUCUUCUUCUUCUUCUUCUUGGCCAUGCUGGCAUGUUCAUAUGCAUGUAGUACUAAGUUACAGUAUUGUGCCUUUUAUCUUCAGAUUUUUUUAAAAUAUAUUCUACAUAGUUCUUCCAUGCAAUACUCAGUGUUUUUCAGAUUUGAGUGUCAAACACUGUUGUUUGUUUUUAUUGGGUUUAACAAAGCACUAUUUGAUUUUGUCUCUUCAUUGAGCUGCCUUUUUUAUGACAGAAAAUUAUGCAUAUUGUGUUUUUGAAUUGAAA